AUGUUGACGAUUAAACCAGUGGUGAUCAUGGAUGCUACGGGCACGGGUAAGACAAAGCUAUCAAUUGAUGUAUGCAAGGUGAUUAGUGGCGAAGUGGUGAAUGCUGACAAGAUGCAAAUCUAUCAUGGGCUUGACAUCGCAACCAACAAGUCUAUUGUAAGGCGUGGUCAUGUACCGGUUCUGGUAGGUGGCUCAAACUCACUGAUCCAUGGAUUCCUUGUUGACCAUUUUGAUCCCUCCCUUGUUGAUCCUUUUGCAAUUGCGAGGUAUCGACCAACUUUAAGGUUCCAAAGCUGCCUCCUGUGGCUCCAUGCUCAUGAGUUAGUUCUUAAGGAAUAUCUCAACCGCCGUGUUGACGAUAUGGUUGAUGCUGGUUUGGUGGAGGAAUUCAAAGAAUUCUUUGAUUCUAUGUCCAUUCGCAAGCUUGCCGAGCACACUGGGCUAGCUAGGGCAAUCGGUGUGUCGGAACUAAGUGAAUAUUUUUCCGGACGCAAGAGACUUUGUGUUUCCAUAGAUGAGAUGAAAGCCAAUACGCAUGCCCUUGCAAAAGCACAGAUUGCAAAGAUUCAACAUAUUGCUGAUGUUUGGGGUUGGCCUUUUUGCUCCCUUGAUGCCACAGAAACCAUACGUGCGCAUCUCACUGGAUCAAACGAUACUGCGAAGGCUAUAGCAUGGGAACGCGACGUGAGUGGUCCUGCACUUACUACUAUAAAUGAGUUUUUGGAUAGUUGA